AUGUCUUUCUCAGAAGAACAUUCUCGCGUUUUCGCGACUGCGUUCAAAACGCAAUAUCAAUUUCCUGGCCCGUCUAACCGUAUCCAAAAGGUCUUCGGAGCUUCUCCAACCAAUAAAUUCAUUCUGAGCAUUGCUCCUGCCGUUCGCAAGACAGCCAGUACCGUUACCCAAGGAAUUGCAGCUUUCGCACCUUCCGUCAGUAACAUCUCCAUCUUCAUUCCCGACAUUACCCAAGGAGUCGCUGAGAACAACGACGUCCAACCUCUCUAUUCUCCUACCGUCACAGAAGGUGACCAAAACCCUCUUGCCGAGAGCAACAACACCAAGGUCUCUGAGAAGACUUCGGUCCCUCCAACUAGCGAUACAAAAGUCGCCGGAGCUCAAAAACUUCUCUUCGCCCCGAAGCGCCUUGCUUAUAGGAAAUUCAGCGUCUCUUUGGAGCUUGUCGUCAGGAAACGCCUUGUCCUUAGGGAGCCAAUUGCCUUUAAGAAGCCGGUUGCUGUUGAGAAGUUUUCUACCGUUGUCAGGCACCCCGCCACCAUCAUCAGGAAGCCAUUUGUUGUCAAAGAGCCUUUCACUCUCGAUCGCUUUUUCACUCUCGAGCAGUUUUCUACCAUUACCAGGCACCCCGCCACCCUUAUCAGAAAGCCAUUCGCUGUCAAAGAGCCCUUUACUCUCGAGCAGGUUGAUAUCAUCGAGCAGGUUGAUACCGUUAUUAGGAAGCUAUUUGCUGUCAGAAAGCUCUUCACUCUCGAGCAAUUUGAUACCGUCACCAAGAAGCCAGUUGCAACCGAGGAGUCUGCUACUGUCAUCAAGAAACCCGUUGCCGUUGACGUCUCUCAUCCUCUAUGCGCACGUUGUAAUGCCAUGGUAUCCCAACCGAAAGAUGGCCCUCGACAAACGAAGGCAGUCCAGAGCCCUGGCCUGGAAGGAUGGCGACUUGGUGAGUGCUUAGGAAAGGGCGCUUUUGGAGCAGUGUACAAGUCCAUGAGCUGGACCACCGGAGAAGCUGUCGCCAUCAAGCAGAUCAAGAUAAGGGAUCUCCCUAAAAACAAACAGACUGGCUUGCCCGAGUCGCACGAUGUCGAAUCCGAAAUUAGAUUGCUGAAGAACCUUCACCAUCCCAACAUCGUCAAAUACCUCGGCUCCGUCAAGACUCCAGACAACUUGAACAUCAUCCUCGAAUAUUGUGAAAACGGCUCCCUCCAUUCAAUUAUCAAGAACUAUGGCAAGAUCCCUGAAAAUCUGGCUGGUAUUUGGAUGGGCGAGGUUCUGCUAGGUGUCGUCUAUCUUCACGAACAAGGUAUCAUUCAUCGCGACAUCAAAGGCGCGAACAUUCUCACCACCAAGGAUGGCAAGAUCAAACUUGCUGAUUUCGGUGUCUCUACGGCGCUGACUGGAGCGGACCAAGAGAACGAAGUCGUCGGAACACCUUAUUGGAUGGCACCAGAGGUUAUCCAGUUGACGACGGUAACAAUUUCAUGCGAUGUCUGGAGCGUUGGUGCUACUCUUGUGGAACUUGUGACCGGCAAUCCACCGUACUAUAGGCUUGAUCCAAUGCAAGCUAUGUUCGCCAUUGUCGAAGACGACCAUCCACCAUUACCUGAAAGUGUUUCAUUAGCAUGCCGAGAUUUCCUUCUCCAGUGCUUUCAAAAGGAUCCCAAUCUCAGAAUUUCUGCCAGGAAGCUUCUCAAACACGGUUGGAUCACCGGCUCUCGUAGAUCAGAUGCACCAGUUGCAAAGCCCAAAGCCAACUUCAAGGAGGCCGUUGAGGAGGUCAAACUCUGGAACGAAGCGCUGAAAUCGCCCGAUGGUGUGAAGACUUUCCGUGCUUCCAAGCUGUCCUCGUCGAUACCCAGUCCUUUGGCGCCAAAACGCGAUCCGCCUCUACGAAAAGUACACGAGAACGAAGCUCCAAAACCUGCUUUCGCCACUCCCACAAAAGUGCCUUUGUUUCCCUCGAAACCAAAAGGCUUAGCCGAACCAUCACACUCCGCCGAGUCUGAUGAUAAUUGGGAUAGCGACUUUGCCUCCGCCAUCUCCCCCAGCGCGCUGCAUUUACCGCGCUUCAAACCCCAAGACAACUUCGGCGGAAAACUAUCAUCUGAUCAUUUGAAAUCCUUUGCUUCAUUUGAUCAGUCCUCAAACGAAAAUGCGUUCGGGAACAACAAUUCCUUUGGCGAAUCUGCGACUAUCCGUGGGCCUCGCAAAGCUUUGGAGGCCAAAAACUCCUUCGAACCAGAGACUAUUCGAGCAUACAAAGUCAAACCUACAGUUGUCACUCAAAACUUGAAACCAUCAAAAGUCCUGAAAGAAGCGCCAAGAAAAAUAUCUUCCAGCGUUCCGCCACGCCCAAAAUCGCCUGUGAAAAGUCAAGCGGAAAACAAAUUUGUCUACCCAGCAAGACCAACCAAAAUGUUCAGGGAGAGUUCAGUCGAUGACUACUCUGAAUUAAUCGUAGAUAAUGACAAAGCCUUCGAUCGUAGAUUUGGCAACAUCAAGAACGAUGGACUUUCGCCUCUCUCUCCCAGGCUCUUCCAUCCUUCCGACCUUUCCAGCAUCUCACAUUCAGUCAAGUCACCUCUAGUUAUCAACGGAAGCACGCCCAAAGAGCACGGCUCUCGUAAGGAUGAUCCAGCAAUGCGCCGGACAAGAUCAUCGGUAGAGAUUCAAAGGUUCGCUGAAGUGGAAGCGGAUAACGACUUUUCCGAUUUAGUUGUGAAAGAAAAUACCAUCAGCGAACGAGGCGAGAGCGAUCAAGAUUCCGAGGAUGGGAUGGGCACUUUAAUGCUAUCGAAUAUGUCCUGGGCGGGUGACGAAGAUGAUUCGGAAGACGAUGUCUUCGCAUCCUUGGAACAGGGACUCGACGAUUUAGAUUUACAUGCCAACAUUGCCAGGGAUAAACAUGCUCGACUUUCAUCUUCAGUAGAGACAAUCAUCAAGUCUCUGACUACCGAGGAUACUGAGAUCCGCGCAAAUCUUGCAGCCCAGCUCCUUGAUGUCCUCAUCGAGUCUCCCGAGGUCAAAAGCAUCAUCAUUAGUGCGCAUGGCAUGCUUCCCAUCCUGGAGAUUCUUGGCGAAUGCGAUACAAAGAGUAACCAGGAUAUGAUCUGGCGCCUCUUGAAAGUUAUCAACAUUGUCAUCUUGGAUGACACUGCACUCAUUGGAAAUCUAUGCAACGUGGGGGGGAUUCCCACAAUGACUACGUUUGCGAAUAAAAAAUUCUCCAAUGGUAUUCGCCUCGAAGCAGCCUUUUUCGUAGAACAAAUGUACCAAACAUCGACCACACUUCAGAUGUUUAUCACCGCCGGUGGCCACAACACUCUUGCUGACCUCCUCGACGAAGAUUUUGACGACGCACGAGACCUGGUCUUAGUUGGUGUGAUCGGAAUUUCAAACGUGUUCGAACUACAGGGGCCAACUCCCAAGAACGAUUUCUGUAGAAUCUUCUCCAGGAGCCGGAUUUUAUCACCGCUAGCAUUGAUUUUAGAUCGAGUCAUCAGCGACGACGACGAAUUAUCCAAAACUCUCGAGGGUAAAAUCGUAAACAUUUUCUACAUUUUCUCUCAAGCAGAGAAUUAUGUAAAAGAACUGGUUGUAGAAGAUCGUCUAGUACUCAAAAGAGUUCUGAAAGGUCUUGGGCAGAUGACACCAGUACAUCAAAUUACGAUGUUGAAGUUCAUCAAAAACAUAUCCAUGCUUUCAACUACCUUGGACAGCCUCCACGCCGCCAAUGCGAUCGAAAUCUUAAUCGACUUGCUCAAGGCGAACAUUCGACUGCGAAAUUCCCACUUCCGAGAAAUUUGCAACCAUGUUCUGAACACGCUCUUCAACCUCUGCCGACUCAGCAAGGGGCGCCAAGAAGACGCCGCUCUGAAUGGGAUCAUUCCCUUAUUACAGGAAAUCAUGACCACGGACCGACCUCCAAAGGAAUUUGCACUUCCCAUUUUGUGCGACAUGGCACAUUCCGGAAAGCUAAGCAGAAAGCUUUUGUGGCGGCACCAAGGCAUAGAGUUCUAUACGACACUUCUCGAAGACCAGUACUGGCAAGCGACAGCUCUGAAUGCCAUCUUCAUCUGGCUUCAAGAAGAAACAGCAAGAGUCGAACAUGCACUUCUGGAAGGUCCAUUCGUGCAAGCAAUUGUGAAGACUUUCAACACCCCAAAACCCGGCUCAUUCGAUAUCGACCUUCUCGAUCCAUGCCACAAUCUCUUGCGACUGAGCUCGCCUGUCGCAGCCGCCAUGGCUCGCACCGAACUAUGGACUGGCAUAUACAACAAACUAAACCACAAAAAGCCUAUCGUACGAGUCAAUCUUCUUCGAAUUGUCCGCGACAUAUGCGAUGCUGUCGAUCUCACAUCAAACAACAUCCGAAGGCACAAAUUAUUCGCCGCCAUCGAAAAUCUUGCUGAGCACGAACCGUCACCGGUAGCCAGAAGUUUGGCGCACGACAUCAUCAAAAGAACCAUGGCCAAAGAAGGCCAAGAGCCCCUCAACAUUGGUCGCUCUCGACGGGUGUCUUCAAUACCAAGACCCAACCGGACACCCAGCGGCGAACACAAAAGCCGCUUACCCACACCAAGAAAACUGAUGGGCACACCAUCCAGGAAACGAGACAGCUAA